CUUCCCUCCACUUUCCCUCGCAUCCAGCGCCAAACUCCUCCGCCCCCCUGAUGAUUCGCCCGAUGCCCUUGCGUGCAGAUGAGGCGGAUUGAGUUGUCUAUCUUGCCAGCAAACUACUUCCUUUGGGCUCCCCCGCAGUGGAGCUACGCAGAUGGGUGCCUGACCGCCAGCCGUUGCCUUGUCCUUGACUGGUCAUCGAGUGGCCAGGCUGAUCGCAAGGUGCAGCACGCAGCAAGCAGCACCCCAAACCCCCCCCCCUCCCAAGUCCCCAUCCAGCCUUCCAGCCUUGCUUCUCCGAUUCAUCUUUCUUCAACUUCAGUCCCCCUCCCAGCUCCAUCGAUGCAACGGCCAUUGUCGCUGUUGUGAAAUGCCCCGUGCCGUCGGCCCCAUUCUAGCCCGGCCAUGUUUUCCGCCCAUGAGGAGGGCCCGAGUUUCUGGGGAGUGUUGAUCAAUGCCGACAAGAGCCCUGCCCCAUUGCUGGAGCAGCUCUGCUUGGAGAUCGCGCACAUCAUAGCGUCGUUUGAUGAUUACGGCACCAACGACCUGACCCCCGAACGGUUGGCCGCGUUUUAUCGCAAGGUCGGCGGGAACUACGAUGUCCUUUUCCUCCAAACCAAACCCUCCGCCCUGUCCUUCAUCUACCAGCGCCUCGGCUGCUUCCACAGCAUUCAACCAACCUCAGACCCCUACAAGCCUCCCGCCAUCCCCGCGUUACAACCCAACGGCUUCGUGCGAUGGCAAACCAUCCAGCUGCUUCUCGACCCGGACGAGCAUUGUCGCUACCUCCAAAAUGCGGUCGAAUUAUGGGAUAUUGAGAAUCCCAACGGGGGAGUCUUCCCCAAGAUGAUCCCCCGGGAAGCCUUUCCGGACAUACCGGAUCUAGAAAUGAUGGAAUGGCAUGAAGAGGUUAGCCGGCGGUUCGAGCUGGACUAUGUGAAGCGAAACAUCCUACGAGCUUCCCCACCAAAUUUUGGCACCUAUCAUUAUCACUUUAAUCACAAAGACGUCCCCUCUCCCAAGGAGGAGAAGACCGCUACUCCCCGCCGUCGAACAACCGCACACCGCGCCCAUAUGGUUCCGGAGGAACCAGAUCCUCACACUCGGCACCGGCGUCGUCGAAGCGCUGAAUUUACACCGUCGAUCUCUCGUCGCGUUCCGUCCACCCAUUUCUCCCAUCCUCCAGACUUCGAGGAACCCCAUCGAGCGCCGUCGCCGCCAAUGUGGGCCAAACCCGUACCCAAGGCGAGGGGUCGCGACCGCGUUCCGUCAUUUGCCCGCCCAGUAAGCCCUGGCAGCUUUCCGGGGCACAGUGCAUCCGACGCAUCAUCCGAAGACUCCAGCGGAGCACCGCGCGAGACAUCCCCCACUACAGACCGACAUGGCCGCCAUCUGUAUCCUUCCACGCCCCAAUCGCACGGUCGCCGGCAUUCGCACGAAGCAUAUGCGAGAAAGCCCGAGCGCGAAUUCUCCCCGGAGAACCCACGACGGUACGCUCACCGAGAUGCAUACAACCCCAGCUCAGCCAGACCGUACGACUCCGACGGUGCACGCCGUGCACGGUCAUCGAGGUUCUACGCCGAUGAGCCAGUCCACCCCCGAAACCCCGGUCCCAGCUACCGCGAGCACGCCUUUAGCGACCCGUCCACCGUCCCGAUCAACCCCGAAGUCCCUGUAUAUACGCACGUACACCCUCGCUACAUGAACAUGAACAAUGGCUACGUCGUCCGCCCGCCUCCAGACAUCGAGAUGUGUGGAGUAGACGACAACCGCCGGAGUUACAGACCUGCUCCUCCUUCCAACCCCACGGGGUUUGGCAAUCCCACAACCAUGCCCGAACGCACGCCAUACCCAAGUGGGGGGUACCGAUCCCAAAGAUGGGCCAAUCCAGUCCAGUCAUCCCCUGUGCGGGGAAUCCCCGUAGGCAUGCCGGACAUGGAAUAUCCGUUACGAACUCGAAGGCCAACAACCAUGUAUGACCGGUGAAAGAAAUUAACUGCCAUUUUAUCAUCACCUAACGCGUAUCAUACCCUGACUAUGACUAUGAACAUGAACAUGACCUUGACCAUGACCAUGAACUAAUGAUGACCACCAAUUUACGGCCGCUUCCCGGUUCCCUCUCUUCUCUUCUCCCCUUGCAGCAUUUUAUUAUUUUUUUUCUUAUAUUAUCCUACCUAUUUAUGAACUGCACAGUACAGUACACGUGCAUUGAUGACGAACGACAGUAAGGACAUGUGACCUGAUGGAUGGAGCGAUGGAUGCAUGAUAUGAUCGAUCUUCAGUAGCUAGGCGUUAACAUGGGUGGCCUUUUCUUUUUUCACGAUAUACCUACCUAGUUAGUGGGACGUCUCAAUAUCAUACAUAACAUAAC